CGGAAACACUGCACGCUUUCUUCAGUGUGGUACUUGUGUUGCUGACAGGACAACUUUCCUUUGAUGAUUUUCAAGACAGUUGUCCAUGAUGUGGCAAAAGCAUCCAGGAAGCAGGAUGUCAAUGCCUCUGGGAAAGCUGAUCCUUUUCACCAGUGUGUUGUGUAGUGGGGGCUUUGCCCUGAUGUAUUACCUCAUACAAAAAACUUUUUCCAGGACUUCGUAUUACCAGCUGGCGUUGGAGCAGCUGCGCAGCCACCCUGAAGCACUAGAAGCUCUGGGCGCGCCUGUCAACGUCCACAAUCUCCGGCUCCCCGACAAGCACAACUUCGUGGACAUUGCUGAGGCCCGGUUGAAGAUUCCUGUCUCUGGGUCCAAGUCAGAGGGCCAUCUCUACGUCUUCUCCUCCAGAGCUGCCCCCUUUCAGAGGUGGCACCUGGACAAGGUCUUCUUACAGCUCAAGGAUGGUGAGAAGAUUCCUGUGCUCACGCUCCGUGAGGAGAAUGGUGAUGAAGUGAAAACGGAGUAGAGGGGAUCAGAAAGACCCCGCUUGCUUCGGGUCUGGCCUUCCCUCAUCUGCACCGCGUGCCCACCCGGGUGACGGCCCAUCUGAGUGACAGACACUCCUGCGCCAAUUUUCCAGCUGCCAGUGGGAGGAUUGUAUGUGGUGGCAUAUGGUAAUUUGGUAUAAUUCUAACUCGAA